AAAGCCAGCGUUGGGCACCCGUUGGUAUGAGAUGAGAUCACCCGUACCGGACGGAUUAGAAUAGAAAUCCUGGUCUAGUUAUUAACUUCACGUCUGUAUUAACACAUUCAGCCUUUGGUUUCGUUUGACUAUUAAACAGUGACCACAUGUUGACAAGAUCGGACGGACCAGAGGCAGGUAUUGAUGGACUCUUAAUCUGGCUAAGUGGACGGAGUGAUCUUUUAAAGGGAAUCUCACAUUUGACUCAUCUAAUACAGUGACUUCACCAGAUCAAAGCGUUUCAGCCUUCACCAAGCGUUUCCAACUUCGAAGCCUUCUAGCACAGGAUGAAUCACCUGUCACUGAGUGAGCUGUGUUGCCUUUUCUGCUGUCCACCGUGCCCAAGCAGAAUAGCCUCCAAGCUAGCCUUCCUUCCUCCGGAGCCAACUUACACCCUCAUGUGCGACGAGAGCGGAAGCCGUUGGACCCUCCACCUUUCUGAGCGUGCGGAUUGGCAGUACUCUGCUCGGGAGAAGGAUGCCAUUGAGUGUUUCAUGACCCGGACAUCUAGGGGGAACCGAAUCGCCUGUAUGUUUGUGCGAUGUUCUCCCAACGCUCGCUACACCUUGUUGUUUUCCCAUGGUAAUGCUGUAGACUUGGGUCAGAUGAGUAGUUUCUACAUUGGCUUGGGCUCCCGCAUCAACUGUAACGUGUUCUCCUAUGACUACUCGGGUUAUGGGGCAAGCUCAGGGAAGCCUUCAGAGAAGAAUUUGUAUGCUGAUGUGGACGCUGCCUGGCAUGCACUACGAACAAGGUACGGGAUCAGGCCAGAGAAUGUGAUAAUUUACGGCCAGAGCAUUGGUACAGUCCCUUCGGUGGAUCUGGCCUCUCGGUAUGAGAGUGCUGCCGUCGUCCUCCACUCCCCUCUGACCUCAGGCAUGCGGGUGGCUUUUCCUGACACAAAGAAGACGUACUGCUUUGAUGCAUUCCCCAACAUUGACAAAAUCUCUAAAGUCACCUCUCCGGUGCUGGUGAUCCACGGUACAGAGGAUGAGGUGAUUGAUUUUUCCCAUGGGCUGGCCUUAUACGAGCGCUGCCAGCGGCCCGUGGAGCCGCUCUGGGUGGAGGGUGCGGGACACAACGACGUAGAGCUGUAUGGACAGUACCUGGAGCGCUUGAAACAGUUUGUGGCUCAUGAAAUUGUAAACUUAUAAAUGGACCUCAAGAUCAGGACUCACCUUGAUGAACAUGCCCCUGGUGCCCAGCUGGCAACUGUGAACUUUAAUGCAUUUUUUCUCACCUGUUUUUUCCUUAGUUAUUAUUCUAAUUGAGCUGCACUUCUCCACACUAUAUAGAAAAUGGGGAGCAGUGUCCUUACUGCCUUUCUUGGGGGUGUGUUUGUGUACUGUACACAGGUGUGAGUGAGGGGUGACCCGUGUCUUGAUACCAUGUUCUAAAGAAUCAAACCCAUUCCAUUUAAGUCUCCAUUUAAGACUUAAGUUUUUGUUUUGCUGUAUGCAUGUGUUAUAAUAUCAUGUAAUGGAGUACUGUACAAACGCAACAUUCUGACACAAACAAUUGCCAUACAGAUGCCAUACGGAUGCCAAAUAGAUGCCAAAUACUCAGUAUAUUAAACUUUGAUACAUUACUUUGUAUGUACAUGUUUCUAAAACAUCUCUGCUUAAGUACAAUGUGUACAGUUCUACAUGUCCUCACACAGUCCUAGACCUUGAAAACAAUGCUGGACAAAUAUGGCAGUAAUAUCUGUUUUAACUGUCAAAUAAAUAAAUAGACAUUUCAAAUAAAUAAGCUCUUGAUAACUGUGGCUUGCAAUGGCCCCAAGUAAACACACAUUCUGCUCAAACAGUGCAUAUGCUAAUAUGCUUGGUGAUAUUAGUAACAGUCCGUUUGUUUUUGCACUUUUUUAAAUGACAAUAAUGCAUUUGAUUACACAUGUACUGAAUUUAACACAUGAUUCUGUUUGGAGUCAUUGCUUUGUCUUUUAUUGAAAUGUAAUUUAUACCAUCUUGUGUCUCAGAUGAAACCCAUGUAAAGAAAUGCACACAACUUUUUUUUUGUUGUUAUUGCUUUGAGCCAUGAUAAGGCUGUUACUCUGGACCACUGCUGCUGAAUUUAGACAGCGACAUCUCUUUAGAGAACUAUUUGGCAUGAUGAUAUGAUUUUGAAGGGUGUGAUUUAAUGUCUAUACAUGGAAAAUGAACAAUGCUCUAAAAUACAUCUCUAAUGUAAAAGGACUGUCACCCUGUUCCACUUUGUAAAUAAUUUUAAUUUGGAUGGUGUUUUUUUUAUUUCCUGAAAGACUGUAUUAUGAAACUGGUGAUAAUGCUGUUAUUACUAAUGUAAAUUGAUAAUUAUUAUAUUACAUAUGGCACAGAAUAGAUUUUAACUGGUCAGACUGAAGCACAAACUGACGUGCUUCAAUUUUUCCAGACGUGUUGGUUUUCUGUUUUUGUAAACAUCCAUUGUAAAAGAAAAUUGCUAUACUGUAUGUUAUUAUGAUCUUAAAAUAGUUAUAAUACAAAAUUGGAAAUAAACAUGUAUUUCAGAGACUAGAGAGCGAAAAGAAUUAAAAUCCAGUUGUGGUA